AUGGCUGACGCGCUCAAGGCAGAGGGCAACAAGCUUUUUGCGGAGAAGAAGUUCGAGGAGUCCAUCGAGAAGUUCUCCGAGGCUAUCGAGCUCGACCCGUCCAACCACGUGCUGUACUCGAACCGAUCAGGCGCAUAUGCCUCUUUGAAGAACUGGGAAAAGGCCCUUGAGGACGCAACCAAGACUACAGAGAUCAAGCCUGACUGGGCAAAGGGCUGGGGACGCAAGGGCACAGCGCUUCACGGCACCGGCGAUCUCGUGGGAGCCUCAGACGCCUUUGACGAGGCUCUCAAGCUUGACGCGAACAAUGCUCAAGCUAAGUCGGGUCUCGCGGCUGUCCGCCGCGCUAUCGAGCAGGAGGCUGCAGCAGACGGACUCGGUGGUGACCCGUCAGCUGGCCUUGGUGGCAUGUUCAGCGACCCCAACAUGAUUCAAAAGUUGGCCAGCAACCCCAAGACAGCUUCUCUUCUUGCGGAUCCCGCUUUCAUGGAGAAGCUCCAGCAGCUGAAGAGUAACCCCAACAGGGUGGGCGAGUUCAUGCAGGAUCCCCGCUUCCUACAGGUUAUGAGCGUGCUUCUGGGCAUCGAUAUGCAGUUUGGCGGGCCCGGUGAGCAGGGUGGUGCUAGCUCCGUUGCUACCGAGGCCCAGGAGGACGUCGAAAUGCCAGAUGCGCGACCGGCACCCACACAACCCAAGAAGGAGCCCACACCGGAGCCGGAGCCUGAGGAUGAGGAGACAGAGGAGGAGAAGGCUGCCAAGGAGAACAAGGUCAAGGCCGAUGAGCUGAAGAAGAAGGGUACCGAGUUCUACAAGAAGCGUCAGUUCGAUGAGGCUAUCGAGAACUACACAAAAGCAUGGGAGACACACAAGGACAUUGCCUACAUGACAAACCUGGGUGCAGCCAAGUUCGAGAAGGGUGACUACCAGGGCUGUAUCGAGGCCUGCCAACAGGCUAUCGAGUACGGUCGUGAGAUCUAUGCAGAUUUCAAGAUCAUUGCCAAGGCGUAUGCGCGCAUUGGUACCGCAUACGAGAAGCAGGGCGACCUCGCCAACGCUGUCAAUUUCUACCAGAAGGCCCAGACAGAGCACCGCACACCCGAGGUCCUCGCCAAGCUGCGCGCAGCAGAGAAGGCGAAAAUCAAGCAGGAGAAGGAGUCAUAUAUCAACCCUGAGGAGGCAGAGAAUGCUCGCGAGCUUGGAAAUAUCAAGUUCAAAGAGGCAGACUGGCCCGCUGCCGUUGAAGCAUACACCGAGAUGAUCAAGCGCGCACCAGAGGACCCCCGAGGCUACUCUAACCGUGCUGCCUGCUACAUCAAGCUCCUCGCUUUUCCAUCAGCUAUUGAGGACUGUGACCAGGCUAUCAAGCUUGACCCCAAGUUUAUUCGCGCGUACUUGCGCAAGGCUCAAGCCUACUUCGUCAUGAAGGAGUACAACAAGUGUGUCAACGUUUGCGCUGAAGCCAUGGAGCAUGAUGAUGGAAAGAACGCUCGUGAGAUCCAGGCGCAAGAAACUAAGGCUCUGCAAGCUCAGUACUCAGCACGCGAGGGCGAGACAGAGCAGCAGACAAUGGACCGCGUUCAGCGCGACCCAGAGAUCGUCAGCAUUCUUCAAGACCCUAUCAUGCAGAGCAUCUUGCAGCAGGCCAAGGACGAUCCCGCGGCGCUGCAAGAACAUCUCAAGAAUCCCGGUAUUCGCUCGAAGAUCCAGAAGCUUGUCCAUGCCGGUGUCAUCCGUAUGGGGCGAUGA